AUGCCAAGACAGAGUUCAACCAAGAAGCCGGCUAAGCAUUCACCCGAGGGACCCACCUCCGAACCGGAAAAGCCCUCUGUGAAGCCCAAGAAGAUGGGUUCUGAGAUUGACGAUAUUUUUGCAGCAGCGAAAAAGAGAAAGAGAGCCGAAGAGGGCAAAAUGGUCCACAACAAAAAACGAGGAAAAGUAGAUGCUAAAUCACAUGAUGGGCUAAGGAGAGAAAAGAAUGAGAAGAAAAAAUCUCCGAAAGAGAACGAGCCUGUUAGGCCCACUUCUCGGUCGAGGAAAAAGACUGCAGAUGGGCUAACUAUUUACACAGAAGAGGAGUUGGGUAUCGGCAAAGCAGAUGCCGGAGACUACGGACGUUUCGACGAGCCCCUAGCUGUUCCUUGGAAAGAUUGGAUCAAGAGAAGAAAGCCAACUAGCAAACUCAAGAAAUUCCCUUAUACCGGAAAACUAAGGGCGAUUGCCUCAACCGAAGCCAUGUCAGUCCUUUUCACCAAGACUGAUCGGGUGCCUGACGCUAAAAGUCACCUCUAA